GCCGCUCUUGCGUUUGCGUCCGCUGCGCGCGCGCGUGCACGCAUGGAGCGUGCUGAGGGAGGAUGGUCAGCAGCAGGAGCAAGGAGGAGCGGCCUCGGCAAGGAGUGAGGGCGGCCGGCCUCCGGGGCUCCUUGAGCCGCCGGCGCCGCCACUACUACCACCGCCGGCAGCGCCAUGCACCGUACCAGUAGCGUGUCUUCCUCCAGCCGGUCCAAAGAGAGCAGUAGCUCGGGCUCUCGCAGUUCCCGCUCCGGUGCCUCUGGUUCGACGCGAGGCCGGAGCCCGCGCCGUUCGCGCUCACGCUCGCGCUCGCGCUCGCCUUCCCCGCGAGGCCGCCGGUACCGUUCGCCGUCCAGCAGCCGCUCUUCUCGCCGCUCGCCGUCCCCGCGCCGCAGUAGUCGGAGACGUUCCCCGGGCCGGCGUUCACGUUCCCCAGGCCGGCAUUCUCCAAGUCGACAUUCUGAGUCUUCAGUGGAACAGAAUUUACGGAUCACAGUUGGCAAUGACCGUUACGGCAUUGACACACCUGAGAGAAAGAGAGUAUCUGAUAGACUAGGCUCACCAGUUGAUAGUCUGAGUGAUUUGGACAGGGAUGACUUUGCCGAUGGUCCAAUAUUUAGCAGAGGUCUUUCACGUCCUCGAAGCCUUGAGCGAUAUCCCUCCUGUGAGGAAAAUGCUUCUAGUCCUUUCAGUAUGAGACAUAGUGAGGACUCUCACAGUAGGGAUGUUUUCCUCCACCAAUCAGACUAUAGCAUGAACUAUGACCAUCUACAGGAUCUCCCAAGGGAAACUGAUAGGGAUGGUGUACUACUUAGGAAAUCCUCGUAUUCAUCAGAGGAUAGAGGGCGAGAGCCCAAACGUCCUCGAUAUGACAGAGACGACAGACAAACUGACAUGAGCAUAGAGCCUCAGGGUUUCUUGCCAGGGACACGAAACUACCGUAAGCGAAGUCCUGGUAGGAGCCCAAGCCCACCAUAUCUGGAUUUCCGUGAGCUUGAAAGUGCUAGGAGAAAAAGAGAAGAGGAGCUGAGCAGAAAUUUGAGUCAAGAAUUGCCUGGACAUCGUUAUAUGAUCCCUGACAGGAGCAACCCACUGCAGUCUUCUGAACCUCGGUAUCUCCAUAGACCGGAUAAAGCACCAGCAAUGCCCAAAAAGUCCAUUUUGAAGAAACGCGUGGACGAUCCUUCUGUGCAGCCUGAAGUCUUUUCCAGCAGUUCUGCCUCUGUCAAAGAGCCUCCCCUUAUUACAGAUCAUCAUCCUUCGCAGAAGCGUAGCAGCAUUGCUCCUUUUUCAUCUGAGGUGGAGAAUUUCCUCAAACAGUUCAACAAAAGUGCAGUUGCAGAAUCUACAAAUAAAGAGUCUCAAGGCAGUGUGCAUAAUUGGAAACUAAAUUCUGGCCAACAGCAAAACACUUCCCCCUUUGAACAGAAUUUUGGCAGUUUUUGGAAACAGAAAGACUAUCAUGAGUCCAUAUCAGAGCCUGAAGACCGGCACAAUGACUUCUUACUUCCUCAUGAAAGAGCCAGUCAGGAUGGGAGUGGCUUUUCACGCAUUCUUGGUAUGAUGGCAGAUUCUACCAGUGCUCAGGAAAAGAGAAGGCGUGGCUUCCCUGACAUUGAGGAUGAAGAAAAGUUUCUUUAUGGUGAUGAUGAAGAUGACUCUACCAUUAAUUCCCCCGCUAUUCAAAAGCCAACACUUAGUGUUGGUAAAGAACCUGAAAGCCUGAAAGAAAGUUCUGCACCUCCUGCUAAUCCUUCUGUAAAACCUGAAGAAUCCAGACCAGAGCAUGAGAAAAUUUAUAACUUGCUCAAAACUAUUGGUCUUGACAUUGGGGUGGCUGAAAUUGGUAAGCUUGCUGCCCGCACUCAGGAACAACUCCAUGGGAAGAAAACAGCUCAUUCUCCUGAUCGUCAUUCAAUAACGUCUCAUAAAUUUGAAUCUAGGGAGGGGCGUCGCAGUCGUAGUGACACUUAUUCUCCAGAAUCAAGGCAGCAUCACUCUCUUUCACCCUCUGAUUCUUUCCCAUCUAAAGAUAUAACCUCUAUUUCAAAUUCUGAGCACACAAAAAACGUAACUGUAGGGCAAAAUAAUCCCACUCCCAUACCAGAACAGUCUGUUCCCCCAAUAUCUCUAAUGCCGUCGGCUCCACCUCUUCCUAAUUUGUCUUCUACUUCCACUUCGGUUUCCCGGUAUCGAGUUUCUCGCUUUUCACCAUUCACUGCAACUCAACUGCCACAAAACUAUCCAUCUCCCACAAUGCCCCCUCCUGGUUAUGAUGCAUAUGGACACUAUAUGGCAUAUGCAGCAUCUGGCUGGCCCAUGUAUGGUGCUCCUCAGCAGGCUGACCCCACACUUUCAGAUGUACAUGGGCUUGUCACACUGACAGUACCACCAAAUCCCACGCGACCCAACCUCCGAGUUAUUGAGACGGUUUCCACAGGCAAAGGGACUCCUGAUAUGAAGAGAGAUGACUCUGUGCUUGUACAAAUCCCUAGUGCUACGACUUACUCAAAAUUAUCCCCUCAGUUUUCUCAGCCCUUUCUUAAAAGUGUUAAAGAAAGACUAUCUGAUGAAAGAAAUCGGGCUUCUCAGAAGCUAAAGGUAAUGGAGGAAAGAGAGAAGUUGAGGUCUGAACAGGAAGCACGACAGAAGAAACUGCACUAUCUCAGGACUGAAUUAGAUAGACUUUCAAAACAGCAAGGGGAGAUGCUGCGGAAGAAACGUAGGGAGAAGGAUGGACACAAAGACCCUUUGUUAAUAGAAGUGAACAGACUACAGGAGAACAUUGUGAAAGAGAUUUCUCAGCUGAAGUUACAUGCAGAUGCUGCAGAGAAGAAACAAUCUGAGCUUGACAAAGUAGCUCAGAUCCUGGGUAUUAAUAUAUUUGAGAAGUCCCGGAAGCAAUCUUCAGAAAAUAAGGACUCACCAGAAAAAAACAAGUCAGAAAAUGCAAAAGGUCAGGAGAGAACUUCCAACUCAGUCAAGGAUUUAAAAACUAAUGACAAACCUGGGUGCAGGAGCCCCAAGUCUACAGAAUCUCAUUUUCAGCUAUCCAAACAGCAUUCCCAGGAAAUCAAUAUUUAUGACUAUUACGACACGGGAAACCACUGGUGCAAGGACUGCAAUACCAUCUGUGGGACCAUGUUUGAUUUCUUCACACAUAUGCAUAAUAAGAAGCACAGGCAGACCUUGGAUCCAUAUAACAGACCUUGGGCUUUGAAGACUCAAACUGAAACAAAGCAAAACCUUACAAAACACAUUGACAAGAUACCAGUUCCAGCCAAAGGUUCUGAAUUUCUAAUCCCAGUCACUGGAUAUUACUGUCAGCUGUGCCAAGAUUUUUUUGGAGAUCAGAUAUCAGCAGAACAACAUGUGAAAAAUAAUCCACAUAAUGAGAAAUAUAAGAAAUAUGUGGAUGAAAAUCCACUCUAUGAAGAGAGAAGGAACAUUGACCGUCAGGCAGGAUUGUCUGUGAUUCAAGAAACAGAACGCCGGUUGAAACGGAAGCUGUGUGAAAAGCAAAAAGAAGAGAGAGAUGAAAAAGCCGUGAAAGUGGCAAGGAAAGAGGAACCAAAAAGUAAAGAGGAACCAAAGAAUUCCAAAGAAGUAGGAGAUGGGGAGAAUGAAAAUGAGUCUAAUAAAAGGAAAGGAGUCUCUAAUGGCCAGAAAUCCGGGGCUAAGCUUAAAUUGAAGAAAGAUGACAAAGAGGUUGAAAAGAAGGAAGGGAAAAAAGAGGAACGACCAAAGGAGUCAAGAAUGUCAUCUUUUGGAAAGUUCAGCUGGAGGAAGACUGAGAGAAAUGAAAAAAAUCAAGGCAAAGAUGUAACUGUCUCCAAGGAGGAGAGUUUUGAGGAAAGUAAAGAUAAAGAAAGCAAAUCACAAUCUGGAAAACCAAAUUCAAAGCCAAUUGCAAUUAAAUUGUCUGGGAAAACUGUUAUCCCACACACAAGUCCCUGGACACCAGUUGUUUCAACAUCAUCACAAGCAAAAAUCAGGCCCAAUUUACCAGCCCCCAUGAUGGUUCUCAGAAAGUCUGCAACAGCAACAGUAAGCAAGCCUGCACCUUUGAAUACUUUCUUGUCUAUAAAAUCCUCUGGUGCUAGCACUAAGCCACUUCCUGUUGUAAAAGAGGGUAAUCCAGAACUUGUACUACCUCCUGAUAUUAUUUCAAAAGCUUUUGGGGGAGAAGUAGUAGUUUUAAAGGGUUCACAGGAGAAUGCAACGGUACCAGAACAAACAGAGGAACCUGAUCAUGAAGCUGUGUCCCGGGCUGUAGAACAUGCAAAAGCUGUGGAACAUGCAAAGGCGACUGCAGUAAUAGCACAGGAGCAAGCAAAUGUUGUGGCAAAAGCACAAGCAAAGGCACGGGAACUUGCUGCUGUGAUAAAGGAGCAAGUUACAAGAUUGGGUAUUUUUGAGAAACCUAAUUGGCGUUCUCCUCUACUUCCACUGCCACCAGGACCACCGCUGUCAGUAGCACUGCCAGUACCACCUGUAAUGGUAUUCCCAUCACCACCCGCAGUGCCACCAAAACAAGCAACCAUCCUUGCAGAUGACAUGGCUCCUGGUGUGUCUGAGGAUGAUAAAAACAUACUGGCAGUGCCCAUGUGUCCCCAUCCUUUGCCACCACCAACUAUUUUCAGAAACCAUGCUAAAAAACUGGAGAAAAAGAACUCUUGCCUAGCAGCAGGUAAUGCCAAAGAUCUAUAUGAUAUUUUCUACAACCGCAGUGGGAGGAGUCCAGCUGAUAGCAAGUCAGCAACUUCAGAUAAAAUUAAAUCUAAUCCUGUUGAGAGAGAGAAAAAAACAGACCUGCUGGCAGAUCCCAAACCAAGCAGCAAGCCUGUCUCACAAGAAACUCUACAAAACAUACACAGUACUUCAGAUGUUAGCAAAAUCCCUUUAAGUGACAAGACCCCAGAAACAGAUGAUGCUGAAGUUGAGAAACUUUUGGCAGCCUAUGAAGAAAACUUUAAAACUAGUGUUGAGGGGGAAUCAAAGAAAAUCUCUCUUUCAGAUGCACAGUCAAUAUUAAAAUAUGAAUCCAAUGAUUUUUCAGUAAAUGCCCCUGAGACAACAGAUUUUAAACCUGAUGGUGAUAAAGAAUUAGCAAUGCAGUUGUCAGUAGAUUGUGUUACUUUUUUAGAAGAUGUUAGCAAGAAACCAUCUGAACUUGAAACAAUAGAAUUAGCUAUGCAGUUGCCAGAAAGCAAUGCUUCUCCUUUGGAAGAACUUAACAAGAAUUCCUCAGUAUGUGAGGCAGCAGAAGUUAAAUCUCCUGAUGAUGAUGAAUUAACAAUGCAGUUGUCACUGGAACCUGGCACUAAGAAGCCAUCAGAGCUGGGGACAGCAGAAUUUGUGCUGCAGUUGCCAGAAAGCAGUGUUCCUUCUUUGGAUGACUUUAGCAACAAACACACAGAUCUUGUGAUAACAGAUCUUAAAUCUGAUGAUGAUAAAGAAUUGGCAAUGAAAUUGUCAGAAAACCAUGUUGAUCUCUUAGAAGAUGUUAGCAAGAAGCCAUCAGAGCUGGAGACUGCAGAAUUAGCCAUGCAGUUGCCAGAAAGCAAUGCUUCUCCUUUGGAAGAACUUCACAAGAAUCCAUCUGUGUUUGAGGAAGUAGUGUUUAAAUCUCUUGAUGAUAAAGAAUCAGCAAUGCAGUUGUCACAGGAACAUGAUAACAAGAAGUCAUCGGAACUGGAGACAGCAGAAUUUGCUAUGCAGUUGCCAGAGAGCAGUGUUCCUCCUUUGGAUGAUCUUACCAACAAGCCCACAGGCCUUAAGACAACAGACGUUAAAUCUCCUGACGAUAAAGAACUAACAGUGCAUUUGUCAGAAAGCAGUGUUUUUCCUUUGGAUGAUUUUAGCAACAAACCUGCAGACCUUGAGACAACAGACUUUAAAUUUCCAGAUGAUAAGGAAUUAGGCUUACAUAAGUCAGAAGACCAUGUUGCUCUUUUAAAAGAGCACAAUGUUAGCAAGAAACCAUCUGAAUUUAAGACAGCAGGAUUGGCCACACAGUUACCAGAAAGCAAUGCUUCUUUGGAAGAAUUUUGCCAGAAUUCAUUGGAGUGUAGGACAGCAGAGAAUAAAUCUCCUGGUUAUAAAGAAUUACCACUGCAAUUGUCAGAAGACCAAGAGGCUCUUCUAAAAGAUGUUAGCAAUAAACCUCUGGGGCAUGAGAUGGCAGAGUUUAAAUUUCCUGGUAAGAAAGAGUUAAUAAUGCAAAUGGCAGAAAAUGAGACUGACUUUACUGCUGAAGAUGUUGGUAUGGCAAGUGACGCAGACAUCAGCGAUGAGUCACAAGGCCAGCAGAAAAUGGAUAAAUCCAAAUUAAACAAGAUCAGUAAAAGUUUGGAGAUGAAAGCAUAUUUGACAAGUUUAGGUGAGAGAGAUGUAGGAGGAGAACAUUCAGAAUGUGCAGGACAUCAGUUUGUUGUUAGCCAGGAACAUGAGUCUCGGUUAUUUGAAACACAAAUUGAUACCCCUAAGGGAGAAGGCCAUACUAUAACAGAAGAUAAGCAAGUUGAUGACAGCUCUGAAUCAACCAUUUCUAUGUGGGUUUCAGAGGUGCAUGUUCAGAGUCCACUGGCAUGGGAGCAAGCCUCAUCUUCAAAAGUGAAUAAGGAAAAUCCUCAAAUAGCAAUGAUAGAUCAGAGUUCCAACAAAGAACAAUUAUUGGAUCUGAAAUGGGGCAAUGUGGGCCUUGAUAGGCUUGAAUCAGCAAUCAGUGAUGAAAGUCCACAGACUUCAGAGUUCCAGAACAUAGAUCCUGGACUGAAGCCUUUAAAUACAGAUGAAUUUAAUAAUUCCUGUAUAAAUAAUGAACAAAAAUUGUUGACUAGUUCUCAACCAAACGAUGGUGAAAAUUGUAAUGUAGUUGGUGUUCCAGUAUCAGAAGAGAUGUCAGAUGAGUGCCUUGCUAACGUAACAAUGAUAAGCAGUACACUAGGGAAACAUGAAGAAAUUAGUCAAAAUCCAUUAAGCUAUGAAACCAAGGAUUCCCAAGCUAAGGGAGCUGAAACUUUGGGCAGUAUGUCCUCUGCAAAUGAUGAACUUAGUUCCAGUGCAGAAUUAAUGUUUAUAAAAAAUAAUGGGUGUGGGCCUUCUGAAUCUGAUCUCAGUUUAAAUGACAAUGCAGAGAGAUGUUCUGUAGAAACAUAUAGCACUCACUUUUCCAAUGUUCAGCCAGAGCUGGUUCAAGAACCACUAGGUGCUCUUCCAACAGAAAUCAGUGUUGAGCAUCUUGGAGAGGUAGCCCUUACAUUCACAGACAUGAACACUGGAAUCUUGGAUACCUCAGUCGCUGGUGACUUGGACUUGAAUAACACUUAUUCAGAACUUAACUUUGAUCAUUCUACAAUCCCUUCUCCAAAAUCUGGAGAAAUAAAGCCUAAUGAUUCUUCUAGUUUGAAACCAAGCCUGGAAAUAGAAACCAUUAAUUUUAGUCUGGGAGAUAUUGAGGUAGAACGUGAACAUCUCGGCAUCAUACCAUCUGAAAUUCUGAAUGAGGAUAUUGUAGGGAGUCCAAAGUUAGAAAGCAUUUCAUCCAUUUCUUUAGGGUCCAAUAAAACUAGAGAAUUGGGCAUUGAGCAAUCUACAAUUGAACCAGAAAUGAUUGCUUUUGUUGAGUUAGCAUCUGGUGACGACGAGGAUAAAUUUUGCUCCUUGGUUUCUGAUGUAAUUGUCCCAGACAUAGUGUCUCCUGCAUCAAAUGGUAGCACUGCUGGACCAAGCAUGUCACUCAUCGAAAUGCAGGACAUGCCUCCAAUUUCAUUGGUAUUGCAAUCAGAUGUUAGCAGAGAGAGCACAUCUGAUAUGCCAGCAUUGAGUAGCGGUGAAAAAAAUGUACAAUGCCAAGCAACUGAGUGCAAGGAAUCCUUCCUUCUAGAUCUACAGAAAACAUCUCUAGAAGUGGGGGGCUCAGGUGACAAUGAAUUGUACAUUGUCAAGAAUGAUACACAGGCAUCUGCAAAGGAGCUAAACAAGAUAGAGGAAGAUGAAAAUAAUGACAGUAGAUGUGAGAUUAACAGUAAGUUGACUUCAGAAGUAACUGAAAGCUCUGCAGAGUACCUGGUAAGUUCAGAUAAUAUUGGUCCUGAUGUUUGAGUAGCUGUUGUAUAGAUUUUGUAAAUAUUCUGUUUGAGUUUGACAUGUUAGAUAUUUUGAAGCUUGCAGUAGAUAUUUGCUAAAGCCUGAACUUCAUUUGCCCUGAAAAAUAUACACCAUUGUACAUAUUGGAUUGUAUAAAAAAUUUUUUUGUUGAA